AUGUCAGGCAUGAUUGCCGCGGUGUUUGGAAGUCCGUUCUUUCUUGUCAAGGCCCGGCUUCAGGGCCAAAGCGUCUGCAACAGCCAUGCUAAGUUCCAGCUCCAUUCGACCUUUCAUUACUCGUCCAUGAUGGAAGGUUUCCGCCAGAUCUGGCGCACCGAGGGCCUCGCUGGUCUGUGGCGAGGCACCCACAGUCAAAUGGCUCGUUUAGCUAUCGGGACGGCCGCUCAAUUGUCGACGUAUACCUCGUCUAAGCUUGUCGUGCAAACGUGGUUGCAGUCGCCAGACGGAGUGUGGGUCCACAUGGGUGCUGCUGCUGUGAGCGGUGUCGCUGUAACGACAUGCAUGCAUCCAUUCGAUGCCGUCGCCACACGCCUGUCGAGCCAGCCCGUCGUAGCCGGUCAAGGCCAGCUGUACAACGGCGUGAUCGACUGCAUACGGAAGACAUGGAUGAUGGAAGGGCUCCGGGGGCUCUUCAAAGGGUGGACCGCUCACCAUCUUCGCGUCGGUCCGCACACGAUGUUUACGUUUCUACUGUGGGAGCUCAUGCAGCGCCUUGCUACCGAGUACGCAGGCGCUUGAUCCACGCGCAACGUAUUCAGUCGUAGUCGCCGCAGCUUGCGUGCGGUCGCGCCAUGAGGAUGCCGCAUCAUGUCGACAAACUCUUUUUUGACACUGGGCGCCA